GAUCUAUAUAUAUACAUAGCCGAAGAACAUUGAAGUUUCUCAUUAUAACAAGUAAAUAAAUAAUAAGUUUACAAUGCAAGACAAUAUUGAAAUGUUGUUGAAGGAAAAACCAUUAUUAGAUGGUAAUGGUAGGAAAAACAUUAAUACUAUGGAGUACCACGUAGAAGAGGCAAAGAACCAGAUUUUAUUUUCUCUGCCGGUGAUUCUUACAAGUAUUUUCUAUUACAUGAUAACUCUGGUUUCUCUCAUGUUUGCUGGUCACCUUGGUAAGCUUGAGCUCGCCGGCGCCACCCUCGCCGAUUCAUGGGCUUCUGUCUCUGGCUUUUCCUUUAUGAUAGGGUUAAGUGAAGCACUUGAAACACUUUGCGGUCAAGGUUUUGGUGCCAAGUUGUAUGGAAUAAUGGGAAUGCAUCUACAAGCAUCUUGCAUCAUAUCCUUUUUCUUCUCGAUUAUCAUAUCAGUAAUAUGGCUACACACGAAACCAAUUUUAAUCAUACUUAACCAAGAUCCUGAGAUAUCUGCAACUGCUUCCCUUUACCUGAAGUACCUGAUUCCAGGCUUAUUUGCAUACGGAUUUCUCCAAAACAUCUUGAGGUUUCUUCAAACACAAUCUGUAGUCAUGCCCCUUGUUAUAUUCUCAUUCAUACCAAUGUGUAUUCAUAUUGGUAUUGCUUAUGCUCUAGUUCACUGUACUGCACUCGGAUUUAAAGGAGCGCCAAUUGCAACUUCCAUUUCGCUAUGGAUAUCGGUUCUUAUGUUGGUUAUCUAUGUGAUUUGUGCAAAGAAAUUUGAGCAUACAUGGAAUGGAUUUUCUUUUGAAUGUUUGCGUUACGUUCUUGUUGACUUAAAACUAGCAUUGCCUUCUUCUGCAAUGACAUGUUUGGAGGAUUGGGCAAUUGAAAUUUUAGUGGUAAUGGCUGGAUGGAUGCCUAACUCCGAAAUCACUACUUCAUUGAUUGCAAUUUGUGUGAAAACAGAAGCUGUAGCCUACAUGUUUGCCCAUGGUCUCAGUGCUGUAACAAGUACAAGGAUUUCUAAUGAUCUCGGAGCAGGAAACACCGACAACGCCAAGAAGGCGGUGGCUGUGACACUCAAACUAUCAAUCCUUAUGGCUCUUAUAGUUGUCCUAGCUCUAGUCUUUGGUCACAGUAUCUGGACUAGCUUGUUCAGUGACAGCCCUGCCAUAACACAUCAAUUCACUAUGAUGCUGCCAUUACUCGCAUUUUCGAUUACACUUGAAGCAAUUCAGGGUGUUUUAUCAGGAGUAGCUAGAGGAUGUGGUUGGCAGCACUUGGCUGCCUAUGUUAACUUGGGAACAUUUUAUUUGGUAGGCAUGCCUGUGGCUUGUCUCCUUGGAUUCAAGUUCCAGCUAUAUGCUAAGGGUUUAUGGAUUGGCUUAAUCUGUGGACUUUGUUGCCAAGCUACUACCUUCUUGUUGGUUACUAUGAGAACAAAAUGGACCAAGACAGAAAGUUUGAUGAAUAUAGACAAUGAACAAUCAGUUCUUGUUUAGCUCUUAAAAAGAAUGAUCAUUAAAGAAAUAAAUUCAUUGAUUAUAGAUUAAUAGGUUAUUUAUUGUAUAUGAAUACCAAACAUACUAAUAAUUUAUAUCAAAUUUUAAA